CCAUGGACUUUAACAGGACCAUUGUGAGGCCAGCAUACUUCAUUAUCAUGGGCUUUUCAGGCACCCCUUAUAUUAACUACUACUAUUUAUUUUUACUGGUGCUGUACAUCAUGUCAGUGGUGGAAAACGGGGUAGUGGUGGCCUUGAUCUGCUUAGACCAGAGUCUCAAGACUCCAAAGUACAUUGCUGUGUUUAACUUGGCGUUUGUAGACGUGCUCGGAAACUCUGCCCUGGUGCCCAAGGUUAUCGACACUUUCUGGUUCAACAACAAGUACAUCUCGUACAGCAACUGCUUAACCUAUGAGUUUUUUAAUUUCUUGACCCUCACCAUGCAGUCUCUUAAUCUGGUUGUACUCUCUUUCGACAGGUUAGUGGCGAUCACCUUUCCAUUGCGUUAUCAGAUCAUUGUGAGUCUGAAGAACAUGUUCUCACUGGUGGCCUCUCUCUGGAUUUUUUCAAUUCUUGGGAACCUGAUGGCUGUAGGGCUCCUAACACGGCUGUCCUACUGCAGGUCUGUUGUUAUCAACAGCUAUUUCUGUGACCAUGGGCCACUUUAUAAACUAGCCUGCAAUGACAAUCAGCCUAAUGUUAUAUUUGCCGGAUUGUUAACAACUGUUAUUCUUUGGGUUCCAUUGCUGUUUAUCUUGAUCACUUACAUGUGCAUUGGCGCAGCUUUGGCCAAAAUAGCCAAAGCCAAGGAUAGAAUGAAGGCUUUUAAAACAUGCAGUGCUCAUAUAAUGUUGGUGACUAUUUAUUACUUACCUUUUUUAGUCACCUUCUCUUUGGCCACUAAAAUGCCUCGCAAUACACGGAUCAUUAACAUGUCUCUUGCUGCUGUCCUACCUCCAGCGUUGAACCCACUCAUUUAUGUUUUACAGACUCAGGAAAUCAAACUGUCCCUGAAAAAGGUUUUCAAAAGAAUUAGGCAAUCAAUAAUUGCUGUGUAAUAGA